UUCCAUAGUGUCAAAACAACCAAAAAUAAAUAAGUUGAUAUUUGCUCACGAAAAUCCACGGGUAAUGUAGUUGAAUCCUCCGCCCACUCUUUCUCUUUCGAUGCAUUCGAGAAAUCCAUUCCCAUAAAACACACACAAAUCUACGCCUUUCUUUUCCUUAAUUCCUAAAAUCAAUUCUCCCAAAAUGUCUCAUCUCCUUCAAUCCACCUUCAUCCCCACCACACCCACCACCCUCCGCCGUUCUUCCGUCUUUCUAACAACCCAUUUGCGUAAAACCCAUGUCGUUGAAUCCAAGAUCCGUGAGAUUUUCAUGCCAGCACUUAGUUCUACUAUGACUGAAGGCAAGAUUAUCAGUUGGGUUAAAACCGAAGGUGAUAAACUUGCUAAAGGUGAAUCAGUUGUUGUUGUUGAAUCAGAUAAAGCUGAUAUGGAUGUUGAAUCUUUCUAUGAUGGGUAUCUCGCUACCAUCAUUGUACCUGAAGGUAGUUCUGCACCUGUUGGUUCUCCAAUUGCUCUUCUUGCUGAAUCUGAAGAUGAAAUUUCUCUUGCGAAAUCUCAAUCUCCGACACCCACUUCUAGUUCCAGUCAAGAAACUCCCGCUGCUACUGUAACCGAAGAGGUUUCUCCGGCUGCAAUUUCAUCAUCAUCUUCUGAUGCUGGGCCGGUGAUAAUGGCGUCAUCGAUACACCCGGCAUCAGAAGGAGGGAAGAGAGUGGUGGCCUCACCAUAUGCUAAGAAAUUGGCUAAGGAAUUGGGAUUGGAUUUGAGGGGAAUGGUUGGGAGUGGGCCUAAUGGGAGGAUUGUGGCAAAGGAUGUUGAAGCAGCAGCUGGUUCUGCUCCUAUUGGUGUUGCUGCUGAGGUGUUUGCAGCGGCGAAGCCAAGUGGUGGUGGUGGUGCACCAGCGGCUCCAGCAGUAGAAUUGGGGACGACUGUGCCAUUCACGACAAUGCAGAAUGCAGUGAGUCGAAAUAUGCUGGAGAGUUUGGCAGUUCCAACUUUUAGAGUGGGGUAUACUAUUACUACUAAUGCCCUUGAUGCUCUCUACAAGAAGAUCAAGUCGAAAGGAGUGACAAUGACAGCAUUGUUGGCAAAAGCCACAGCUCUUGCAUUGGCAAAACAUCCUGUUGUGAACUCUAGUUGUAGAGAUGGGAAGAGUUUCACAUAUAACAGCAGUAUUAACAUUGCUGUUGCAGUGGCCAUAGAUGGUGGCUUGAUUACUCCUGUACUUCAGGAUGCUGACAAGGUUGAUUUAUACUCAUUGUCAAGGAAAUGGAAGGAGUUGGUUGAUAAGGCUCGGGCUAAGCAACUUCAACCCCAUGAAUACACCACGGGCACUUUUACUCUAUCCAACCUUGGGAUGUUUGGUGUUGACCGUUUUGAUGCCAUCUUACCGCCAGGAACUGGUGCAAUUAUGGCUGUAGGAGCAUCUCAACCCACACUUGUUGGCACCAAAGAUGGUCGAAUUGGCAUGAAAAACCAAAUGCAGGUCAAUGUCACUGCUGAUCAUCGAGUAAUAUAUGGUGCUGAUUUGGCUUCUUUCCUACAAACCUUAGCACAGAUAAUUGAGGACCCUAAAGACCUUACUCUCUAGGCUCUUGUCCUCAUUGUGGGAAAUUAGGUCUUUUGUAGUGUAAUUUGCUUGAGUCUCAGCCAGGAGCUUCAUGGAGUGAACAGAAAAUCAGAUUCUAUAACAUCUGAAGUAUCAUAAUUCAGAAGCUGAAUGGAAAUGAAUGGUUAGGUCAUUUUUUCGCUUGGUUAAUCUUUUUUCUUUUUUGUUGAAGUGUAAACUCAUGAGGAUAUUUUUCAUGGCUGCCAUAAAUUAUGGCCUGAUGAUGAGCUCUUUGUUGUCUCAUCAUUCAAAUAUUGUUGCAAAGAAUGUUGCAAAACUUUCAAUUGAUUCUAUAUUUAAGAGUGUUCUGCAAUUUCAGUUGUAUCUGCAGUUCACUAUUGCCAUUAUAAAA